AUGGACGAUGAUAGCGUGCUAAACGACGAUUCGGGCUCAUUAGAGCACCAGGCUUGCUAUAUCUACACGCCGACUUCGGAGGCAUUAUCAUUGUCAACUCCUAAGAAGCGUAGAGCGGCUUCGAGCUCUCGAACGCCGAGGUCUAAACGUGAAAAGACUGAUUCAAAUAAUUGCGAAACAAUUGGAGCUCUGGGACAUGGUUUCCCUACACUUCUGCGCGAUUUGGAGGGCGAGGAUGCCGUUAAUGCCAGGUUUGAAACGUUUCACAGAUUAUGGAAAGAUGUUGAGAGGCGGACAGAUGAUGUUCUAGCUCAAGUGAAUGACGAGACUUUGCAAUCUGUCUCGUCGUUUGUCUCUAAAGCAAGCCAAGAUAUAUAUGGCGAGAAACUGCCAACGGGCCUGAUUCUAACCGGACCGAAUAUCGCCGCUCAUGGGGUUCUCUUUGAACAAAUCGAAAGUCGCAUCCAGAGCGUUGACAAACGUGGGAGAGUAGCCAUCCUAACCUCCAAGGAUUCGUCAAAUCUGAAGAAUGUGCUUAAAAAAAUCAUAAGAUGCGUCACCGAGAUACAUGAUGGUUUCGUUGACGAAGAUGAUAUCGUAGAGGCGAAGUCAGGGAAAAAUCCAUCUCGGUAUAAUUAUGACCCUGAAAUCAUUCACGACUGGUGCUCAACCCAUCCGGGUGCCAAAGUAGUGGUAGCCGUACAGGAUACCGAAGCCUUCGACCCCGCGGUUCUCGUAGAAUUAAUAUCGAUAUUACAUCAAUACCUCCCAAAGAUCCCCUUUAUCCUCCUACUAGGCAUCGCCACAUCAGAAGACAUCUUCUAUGAAAAACUCCCACACUCAACCAUCCGCCUCCUCCGCGGUGAUCGUUUCGAUGUCCAAAGAUUCGAGGAAUCAAUGGAACAAGUCUUCGAAGAAGCAGUUCUAUCAUCUCAAUCCGUUCUAAAACUCGGUCCUCGGGUCGCAGAUGUGAUAUUCGAACGACAGAAAGACCAUACUAGAAGUGUUUCGAGCUUCGUCAUGGCACUGAAAUAUGCAUACAUGUCACACUUCUACGCAAACGCUUUAAGCGUUAUUUUGGGCUCUAUAGAUUCUGAAGAAUCUCUUAAUACGAUUCUAUCGGAUGCCCAUUGCGAAGCAAUCCGGAAUCUACCGUCGUUUAAGCCAUUCGUUGAAACGAAGAUUUUGGGAUUCCCAUGGCGUGCACGAGAGUUGUUAACCUCUAAUAAAGCACUAAAAUCCGCGGUCUUCACUGCAUCCAAAGAAUGUCAACGGUAUAGCACCAAUCUAGCAGAAGCCAUAAACCUCUUUCGAAAAUUGCAAUCAAUAGUCUCUCCGCAACAAGCAAACGAAAUCCCGACCUACGAACUCUACUCUCGUAUCCUGUGGGGGGAAUUUACAACUCGUCCGGCAUUCAGAGACGCAAUGUUAACUACCAAAAAAAUCAGUUCCGAAAAGUUCCUUACAUUAUUAACCACCUUAUCGGAACUCCCUUCUGAACUGUCAGAGAAACUAUCAAUCGCAGCGGAUAAAGUCCAGGAGUUACAAUCCGAAAAGGCGGCGAAAGGUAGUUCCCUCGUCUCUGAAUUCGUACUACCCGACUCCCACCGUACAACCGUCAAAUCAGGCCGUGUACGUCUCGACGAACAGAAAUCCAAAAUGACAUCACAAGAUACCGAAUACCAAAAACUCGUCACUUCAACCGUACAAGAUCUUGAAACUUACUUCAAGAACAAAUUCAAGCCUUAUACGAAUAUAUUUCUUCACGAAAUAUUCUUUUAUGAUUUGAAAUCACCGCAUUCGCAAGUUUUUGCAGCAAAGCCUAGGCCGAGUGUGGAAAGGGCGUUGAGUAGACCUGGUGAUUAUUUGGGAUGUGAAUGUUGUGGCGGUGGCAAUGAUGAUGACGGGGCGGGGAUAGGCGGGUCGCAGCCUUAUUCUGCUGUUCUAUACCAACUGUACCUGGAAUCUCCGGCGUUGAUUGGUGUUUAUGAUCUUUGGAGUGCGUUCAGGAUGGUCUGUCUGGGCGAUAAAGCGGAUCAAGAGGCAGAUGAUGAUGACGAAGAAGAGAAAGAGUUACAGGCACAAUUCUAUAGAGCUCUGGCAGAGCUCCGAUACCUUGGAUUUGUAAAGUAUAGCAAGAAAAAGACAGACCAUCUGGUCAAAUUAGCGUGGAAGGGACUGUGA